CAAAACGGCGCUAGGACCCAGAUCAAUGAGCACACCCGAACUGACAACUGUUCACGCUCAAGAAACCAAAGUGCCAACCAGAUUGUCAAGAACGAAAAGGAAAACCCUCAGAUGAACUAGGUGGUGUAAGGUUGAAGACGAAAAUGCCUCGCCGCUGGGGAGAUAUGGGCUAGACAGACACCUGCAAGGAACAUUUGAGCCUCAUUGAUAUAGGCAAAAUUGUCAUCAGAACAAGGUGGCUCAGGCGAGAUGAGUCAGUUUCCUGAACGGUUCAGCGCAGGCAGCACUAUGACUGAUGGGGACUAUGAUUAUUUGAUCAAGCUCCUGGCUCUGGGGGACUCUGGAGUGGGAAAGACUACCUUCCUCUACCGCUACACAGACAACAAAUUCAACCCCAAAUUCAUCACUACAGUGGGGAUAGACUUCAGGGAAAAAAGAGUGGUCUACACAGCGAAUAGCCCUAAUGGAACCACAGGGAAGUCAUUUAAAGUGCAUCUGCAGCUGUGGGACACAGCAGGACAGGAGAGAUUCAGGAGCCUCACCACAGCGUUCUUCAGAGACGCAAUGGGCUUCCUGCUCAUGUUUGACCUCACCAGCCAGCAGAGCUUCCUCAACGUGCGCAACUGGAUGAGCCAGCUACAGGCCAAUGCGUACUGUGAAAAUCCUGACAUCGUCUUAGUGGGCAACAAGGCCGAUCUGGCAGACCAGAGAGAGGUGCAGGAGAAACAGGCCAAAGAGCUCGCUGACAAGUAUGGUAUCCCCUACUUUGAGACGAGUGCGGCCACGGGGACGGAGGUGGACAAGGCUGUGGUCACCCUGCUGGACCUGGUCAUGAAGCGCAUGGAACAGUGUGUGGACAAACCAGCACUCGACGCCCAGAAUGGGGAGGGCACCAGCAAGCUGGACGCGCCGCCGGUCAAUGAGAAGAAAUGCGCCUGUUAAGAGGGUGGUUUACGCAAGGAUCUCUCCCUUCCCCCCCUGCCACAACUGUACCUUCCCUUUAAUUGCCCCCUCUAGUGGACUGAUGUAGUGUUGCAGCUUGGCCUCCUCCCCACAGGAAGGUUGGUGGCUCUCAAAGCUGGCAUGGUAGCUGGGUGAAGUGGCUUUGCCCAGUCUGUCUCUCUGUCCAUCUCCAUUCAUCCAGGCUAACCACAGUAUUUAGGGGGAUGUCUGAGCUGUGUAAUACUGCCUUAGAAACAAAAUGUUAAGACCUUGCCCACAAAAAGAUUUUCUUGUCUCUUUGUUCAGUUUUUGCUCACUGGUUAACAAAAGUAUUAUUUACUUAAAGGUCUAAGAUUUGGUGUUAUUUGAAUAUAUAAGUAUGGAUUUUCAUCAUUUUUUACUAUUUUAUCAAGAUUUUCUUUUAUUGAUACAUCAGAAUAAUAUAAUUAUUAUAGGAUCAAAUACAAUUAAUAAAUCUAGAUGAUAUCUGCUGAUUAAUUUAUUAGCCAUUAAAAAACAGCAUCAAUUGUUACAUGGUUAUUAAGCGCAUACUGUUCUUAUUCCAGCUUAGUUAAUGUAGAGACAAUGACUUUCACCACAGCAUAGUAAUUG